UUCAGUAAAAAUGUGGGAUUACAUAAAACAGUUUGAUUGCAUCAUUUCUUUAUUUUUUUUAAAUUGAUUUAUUUGCCAAGUAUACUAUUUAUUCGAUGACAUCCACAAAUUAAUUGUGAGAGCCUAUAAUAUAAUUUCCCUCCAAAAUGCAAUUAUAAAUAGUCAAUAUAGCAGAGUAGGCUCUUUCAACAAUGAGACCAACGUUGAGGAAGGUGGUCUUGAUCGCGCUGUUGGGCCGGGACCAGCCCCGCCGAAAGCGCAGGUCUGUGUGGGUCCAGAGAUGGUUAAAGUCCCGAAAGCAAGCAGGGGAGUUCCACCGUCUAAUUCAAGAGCUUCGACUGUUUGUAGAGGAAUUCCGAAGUUACUUUCGUCUGGACGGAAGCCAGUUCGAUCACCUGCUCCAGAUGGUUGGAGCCAGGAUCACCCGGAUGGAUACCAACUACCGGGAGUCCAUCAGCCCAGUUGAACGCCUGGCGAUUUGUCUCCGAUUCUUGGCGACAGGGGACUCCUACAGGACCAUAGGAUUCAGCUUCCGAGUUGGACGGUCCACGGUGGCAGGCAUUGUCCCCUCUGUGGCACAAGCCAUUUGGGACUGUCUGGUUGGUGAAAACAUGCCUGUCCCCAAGGAGGAAGACUGGAGGACCAUCACUGCCGAGAACCUGGAGAGGUGGAAUUUCCCCAACUGUCUUGGCUCCAUUGACAGGAAACAUGUAGUAAUCCAGGCUCCACUGUGCUCAGGUUCACAAUUCUGCAACUACAAGGGUAUAUAUUCAGUUGUACUCUUGGCUGUAGUAGAUGCCAUCUACUGCUUCCGUGUUGUCGAUGUUGGUGCUUACGGCAAGGGAAGUGAUGGCGGGACCCUCCGGGACUCUGCCUUCAGCCAGGCACUUCAGGAUGGCACCCUGGAUAUUCCACCACCUGCAUCACUCCCUGGGGCUGAAGACCUGGGACCUGUUCACCACGUCUUCGUCGGCGAUGAGGCCUUCCCUUUAAGACCCAACCUCAUGAGGCCCUACGCUGGACGCCAGCUGCCAUUGCCAAAGCCUGUAAGGAUCUUUAACAAACGACUGUCCAGGGCAAGGUUAGUUGUUGAAUGCGCCUUUGGGAUUCUGGCAGCCCUGAUGGAGAAUGUAUCGGAGAGUGCUUGGCCUCAGCCCCUCAAAUGUCGAUGUCUGCGUGAAGGCCACAUAUUCUCCACAACUACCUGCGGAGGUAAUUUAAGAGCCCCUUAACACAAAGGUUAUUUUAAGAACCAUCCACCGUUGUCCAUAAAAUUGCAUUUUUUCCCCCAGA